GCCCGGGAGUUGGCCGUGAAAGCGGCCCGCCAGGACCCCGACGAGGACAUCCUGGCCACCGCGGAGAGCGUGCGGCAGGAAGCCAAGCUCUUCUCCAUGCUGAAGCAUCCCAACAUCAUCGAGCUGCACGGGGUCUGCCUGCGGGAGCCCAACCUCUGCCUGGUGAUGGAGUUUGCUAGGGGGGGCUCCCUCAACAGAGCCCUUGGAGGGGCAGCGGCCGCCGGUGGGGGGAGCCGCUGGGGCCGCCGCAUCCCUCCGCACAUCCUGGUGAAUUGGGCGGUGCAGAUAGCCCGCGGGAUGCUCUACCUGCACGAGGAAGCCAUCGUCCCCAUCCUACACCGAGACCUCAAAUCGAGUAAUAUUUUGUUACUUCAGAAGAUAGAACGUGAUGACAUUGGUAAUAAAACUUUGAAGAUUACAGACUUUGGCUUGGCUAGGGAAUGGCAUAGAACAACCAAAAUGAGUGCAGCAGGCACCUAUGCAUGGAUGGCACCUGAAGUUAUCAAGUCAUCUGUGUUUUCUAAAGGAAGUGAUGUUUGGAGUUACGGAGUGUUGCUGUGGGAACUGCUUACAGGAGAAGUUCCUUACCGUGGCAUUGAUGGUCUUGCUGUGGCUUACGGAGUAGCUGUCAAUAAGCUUACUUUGCCCAUUCCAUCCACCUGUCCUGAACCAUUUGCUAAACUAAUGAAAGAAUGCUGGGAGCAGGAUCCUCACAUCCGACCAUCGUUUGCCUUAAUUCUUGAACAGCUUACUGCCAUUGAGGGGGCAGUUAUGGCUGAGAUGCCUCAAGAAUCCUUCCACUCCAUGCAAGAUGACUGGAAAUUGGAAAUUCAUCAGAUAUUCAAUGAACUAAGAACCAAGGAAAAAGAGCUGUGUUCACGAGAAGAGGAGCUGACAAGAGCUGCUCUUCAGCAGAAAUCUCAGGAAGAAUUACUAAAGCGGCGUGAGCAGCAGUUAGCAGAACGUGAGAUUGAUGUACUGGAGCGUGAGCUGAAUAUUUUGAUAUUCCAGUUAAAUCAAGAGAAGCCCAAUGUGAAGAAGAGGAAGGGAAAGUUUAAAAAGAGCCGGUUAAAACUUAAAGAUGGACAUAGAAUUAGUUUGCCUUCAGAUUUCCAGCACAAAAUAACAGUGCAAGCUUCCCCUAAUUUGGAUAAACGAAGAAGCUUAAACAGUAACAGCUCUAGUCCACCAAAUAGUCCCACAAUAAUUCCUCGUCUUCGAGCUAUACAGCUGAUUUCCAAAGCAGACACAAAUACAGCUAAUGGCCGAAGACACAGUGUCUAUGUAUACCAGCAAGAUGUAGAUAUCACAAGUGAAUAUGAACUUUCCUGUGGGGUUGUGAAAAAAGUAACCUCCGAUGAAAGCAACAGAACCUGGGGAAGAAGCACAGCUUGCCACCAAGAAGAAUUUGAAGAUGUGAAAAGAAGCUUUAAGAAGAAAGGCUGUACUUGGGGACCAAGCUCGAUUCAAACAAAGGAACGUACACAUUGUAAGGAGAGAGUAAGACCACUCUCAGAUGGCAAUAAUCCUUGGUCAACCAUUUUAAUGAAAAGUCAGAAAGGUGUUGCAUUAGCCUCGCUGUUUGUGGACCAAGAUGUUUGUACAGAACAGAGACUUUUCCCUGAAAGUUUGGAUGCAAAAAGACCAAAGCAAAUAAAGUUGCCAAAUCAGGCUUAUAUUGAUCUACCUCUGGGGAAGGAUGAUCAGGAAGAAACCACUGUAGAACAUGAAAGCUUUGAAGAAGGAACUUCUGCUAGUUCUGCAAAUAGUACUCCUCAAAUGACACCUACGAACAGUCUCAAUAGAACAUUUCAGAAAAAGAAAACUGACUCCGUAUUGUAUGGAUGUACUGUCCUCCUUGCAUCCAUAGCUUUGGGCUUAGAUAUUAGAGAGCUAAACAAAUCGCAGGUUCCAGAUGAACUGUUGCCAAAGGAGGAGAAGAAGAAGCGGGAGGGAAUAUUUCAACGUGCCUCAAAGUUUCGCAGAAGUGCCAGUCCCACAAGAUUGCAAUCCAAAAAAGAGGAAACGCAUACUCCAUCAUUAAGUCCAUCUGCAGAUACUGUGAAUCUUCUCUCUAUGCCUUCCCUUUCCACCAAAUGCUUGCUUCAGUCUGACAGUGAAGAUGCUUUUGUCAGCAUCACUCCCAGUGAUUGUGAUAGAAGCAUUCCCAUUGAGGUCUUUUCAUCUGAAAUUUUGGCAACUAAGAGGGGGGAACAAAGUGUAAAACAGGUGCUUGCCACUGAUUCUGUGAUGUUAAAGACUCAGUCUCCUAUUCUUCCUCUGAAACAAGAAUCUGAAAAAAUACCAAAUGUCUCUUCAUCCAAAUUGAGACGGUUGGGUCACAGACGAACCAUGUCAGAUGGAAAUACUUUCCAGCCCACAUCUAAUGGAAUCACUUCACCUGAUGGAGUCUCUAUGUUGCCAGUACUUCCAGUUUCUGAGAUUCCGCUGUCUACAGCUGCUCAACAAACAAGCAUGCACCAGGAUGUGUCACCUCAAAAGCAAAGAGUAGUCAAUAUUCUAUCAAGGCCUCGACCUUCUCCCCUAAGAAACAAAAUAGAUCCUUGGCAGAUUCUUCCACAAAAUAUAAACACAGACUCUGCAGAGGUGGACUAUUUAGAAAGUUACGAAAGUCCAAAUGUUAACUUUAUAUCAGAUACUGCAGACAGAACUAAAUCCCACAUGCCCUCCUUACUUGAUAUUGAUGUGGAAGGUCAAAACAGAGACUGCACAGUGCCUUUGUGUAGAAUGAGGAGCAAAACUUGUCGGCCCUCUAUAUAUGAACUGGAGAGAGAAUUUUUGUCUUAAGUGCCUUGCAUUUUUAAAGUAUUGCCUUUUGUUAAGGCGAACAAAAUCUUAAGUCUGUUUUACAUUUAAUAUUUUAUCUACUAUUUUCUAAAACACUGUGGCCAAUACUACCAAAAUUUUUUAUAAUGGGCAGCUAACUUUGGAAAAUGUAUAACGAUGCCUAUCUUGAAUUUUCACUGAAAUCCCACCUUGUAACUUUAAAAGCACAAUGUUGUGAAAGAAUAUGCUGUACAUACAUCUAUAAGUACAGUUUGAAUUGUUAAAUUAACUUCUCCCCUUAUCUCCCACUAAAUCACACCUUUUCUCAGCCAAAGCUCUUGCUUUUUGGGGUGUGUUCUGUUUUCUCUUUCACAUUAAAGGACUGAUUAACAUGCAGAGGAUUUGCAUUCAAAUCCCAGAAAGCUUUGUGCAAGAACAGCCUUCUAUGAAUGGUGGGGAUAUUUUUCUUGGUAAGAUGCCCGGGUGGAAGUGCUCUCCUCACUUUACCCCACAUAGUUGUUUUUUCUUUGGCAUUGACUGUUAUAUGGAUAACUUACCACCACCAAAUGAACUUGCAUAGCUUUGCCCUUGAUUGUUUCGUGACUAGAAUUUGGUUAAAGGUAUUUGUCAUUCUUGCAGGGGGAGGGGGCAGGUUUGUGUGUGAAGCAACAUUCCAUUAUGUAAAGAUACACUGGAACAUUAAUAGUUGUGCUCUGACCUUUUUUUUUUUGUUUGUUUGUUUGUUUGUUUUUGUUUUGAUACUACAGUAUAUUUGCACCGAGAGGAGCAUUCUUUGUGAUCAUUAUUCUUUGAUUAAAACUGAAUUCUCUGCAGGGGAAGCCUAGAGACUUUCUGGGCUUCUGGGCAAGGUUGGGGGGCAGCUCUGUGCUGGAAGGGGCAGGGCUGGGUGCAGUUAGCCCUCGGUGCUGUCCGCAUUGCACCACAGCUCUUCCCCCUCCCUCCUCAGCAGCCCUCAGAGCCACUCAGAGCAAUAGCAGUAGCCAUGAGCCCCCAACCCUUCUGAAUCGCUGGGCCCCAGGGCAACUCCUCCCUUCUCUUGCACCUCCUCAUUGGCAGGCCUGGAUUUCUGGAUUACUAUACCUUUAAAAGAAGGUUUUCUUAAAAUGAGACAGUGCCAUUAACUGUUUAAAUUUCUAGCACAAUUGCAAACUGUUAGUCUAUUAUUUCAAAGUCAGCCCUGCCUGUUUUUCAUUAUGUGGCCGGGGUGGCCCUUUUCAUGAUAAGGUGUGGUAUGAAAAAGCAAAAACCUGAUACACUUGACUUCACUCACUAAAUGUCCAACAAAUUCAUAACUCUAGAGUUGUGGGGAGAAGUGUACUUAAACUUGACCAUGUAGCAACUUCAUUAUCCCAACUAGGGAUGUCUAAUCUAUACACUACCAGUAAUUGUUGGAAGUGCUAAAGAGGAGUAUUAUUAGAAUUAAGGAGCAGUUCUUAAAUUUUGAUGUCUUAACUAGACAUUUUCUGUAUCAUUUUUAGACUUGGGUAUGCUGCAGAAAUAAAACUAUAUACACAAAGGAAAAAAGCAUUCCUUUCCUAUCAAGACAGUUUCCUGUUUUUGAGGAUUUUGUUUAAUGCUUUGUCUUUUAUUCUUAAAUCUGGGAGUUUAGAUGGUUUCUUGUUCAGCAGAAUUCAUGCGCACCUAGCAUCAAAACAAAGGAAUUAAAAAGCAGAGUUUUUCAUUCUAUAGUGCACUGUAUUAGUUGCGUUGAAAGUGGGAGAGAAGAAUUGGAGAAUGUCAAGCAUGCAUUUUCCACAUUGCAGAGAAGUGGACAGAUGGCCAUUACUUCCCUGAGAAUAAGCUCACAAUACGAAGAAUGGAAAUUACAGAACGUUUCCUUAAAGUAUUAUUUCUACAAAAAAUUUUAAGACAGACUAACUACUGGUUGGCUAUGUAUAGCAGGUUAUUAAAUUAUUGCAUUUUUGUUCUAUCUUGUUUAUGUUCAGAAACCUUAUAUAAUACUGUUAAGUUUGUCAGUAUGAAUAUUGCAUGCUUCAAAACUUAGCUACCGCAAAUUACAAAUGCCAUACAGUGUGCUUUAAACUCAUAUUCUUAAAUGUGUGCUUAAUUUUAUCAGGUACUCUUGAAUAGGUGAGGUUCUUUUUUUUUUUUUUCCUUUCGUUUGCAAUGUAAUGAUUGGUUCUCAUGUAGAAACUACAUAGUUAAUUACACAUGCAGUGCUUUGUGGAAAUCAUGGAUCAAUUCUUAAGUAUAAUUUAGUGUAUUUAAUUUUGAAGAUGAAAGUUAGUUUUGAAAUAUAGUGUUUAUUUAAACUAUUUCAGGAGAGAUUGUGCCUUUUAUAAUAUUGAGAGAAAUCGAGUUGAUUAUAUUGUACAACUAUCUUCCUCGGACAGGUACCUCUACUAGGUUUUAUAAAGAAAAAUCUCAGGUGCUAUAGUGAUAUUUUGUAAACUUUUGUUCAUUCUUUGUUUUACUUCCUUACGAAUGUUAAAAUGUACAUCGUAGAUUUUAUAAUCAGUAACCAAUAUAAAAUGCUCCACUGUGGGCUGUACGAUUUUCCCUUACCAGUGAUCCAUAUCAUAUGAUUUGUUUUUAAGCCAAAACUCUCCCUUUGAUUUCAAUUGGGUAUUUUGCUUGAAAAGAAAUGGCAUGGCAUGGCCGAAUUAGUGAAUGGUAACAAUGUUAAGAGCUAUCCACUCAGAGGUUGCAUCCUAAGAAAAAGAAUGUAUAUAAGCCAUCCCCAACAAAUUGGCUUUACUAUGCAAUCUUUUAGCUAUAGCAUAUAGUGUUUUAUAAUUCUUUUUUCCAGUUUUCUCUAAUUUAAAAUUAUAAGACAGUCUUCACUAAAAUGAAAAGAUUAAAAAUAAAGAUGAUUAAAUCCAUAUGUUCACAAUUUCUAUUUUUUCAUGUUACCAGAGAGAGAUACCUUUGUUACAAGUAAGGUAAUCUGGUAUAUAUUUAUAAUUAUUUUACUUCUGUAUUUGGUAUAACUGCUAAAAGAUGUAUUGUCAUGCAUGUGAGUAGUGUGACCAAAUAAGUAGUAAAUUUAUACUGAUCAUGUUAGCAUAUAACUUCAAGGUGCUUACACUGCAGAGAUUAAGGUAACUACUUGAUAUGCUGUUUUACAAAGCCUUAUGACUGAAAUGUUUUUAUGUUAAAAUAAAAUUUUGUAGCUAGUGUAUUGCA